CCCAGUUCAUUAGAGCCGUAUUCGGAGGUCUGGAGCAAGAGAGGGGGUACUACAUCUUGUGGUGACAGCAGACCGUGGUGAACAGACCCCCAGAAGAUUCACAGGGUCUCGGGGAAAGGGGCCAAAAGGCAGCGGAGAGUCUGAGCUGAGCAACCGGAGGGAAGGUCCUUGAAGAUGGCGCCUGCGAUUUUGGUUUUUGCCUGGUUACUGUCCACCAUGAGGAUGGUCAGCUUGGCAGAUGCUCAGGAGCCUGAGGAGGAGAGUGAACUCAUGGCACACGUCACCCCACCGGAACUUAAUGAAACUGUCAUCUGCACCAAUGAUCAAAUGGAAGUUGUUAUUCCCAGUGCUUUUUUCCUCAACAAAGCGCCUCCUGUCCACGUGUGGGAUUUACAUUUAAAUGACCCAGAGUGCCGAGGCGUCGAGGUCGGAGAUGACUAUGUUUUCAGCAUAAAGACAAAUCUGUCCGACUGUGGAACCAUCAUGGCCUCGGAUGAUUCACACAUCAUGUUCAUCAACACUAUACACAACAACCAUUCCGACGUUAUAACCAGAAACUACAUUAACAUAACAUUUGUGUGCCGCUACCCCAUCAAUUACAUGGUUCAACAACCCAACAGUGAAAACAUGAUCAGAGUGGACGUCAGAACCAUUACUUUAAAUACGGAGGAUGGAAACUUUUCCGUGUCCAUGUUACUGUACAAAGAUGAAGCCUUUGAGGACCGAUGGACCACGGUGCCGGCGCUGACGCUGGACGACAACAUAUUUGUGAAGGUUUUCAUGAUCCCGGCUCACCUGAUGCUGCGUAUGGAACGAUGCUGGGCUACGCCAACCAGUGAUCCAUACAGCAACAUACAGUACACCUUCCUCCGAGACAGCUGUCCAGUGUUGUCCAAUGAGCAGACCCUGAGUGUCAUGAGGAACGGCCAAGGUCCAGAAGCCUCGUUCAGGAUACAAAUGUUCAAGUUUGUGGGCGGCUCCUACACCAACGUCUUCCUCCACUGCAACGUCCAGAUCUGCCACAACGCCCCGGGCCUGUGCCAGCCUAACUGUUCUAGUGAUGACGGUUUGAUGAGAACACGGAGGGACGUCCCUCUGUCUCACACAGUGUCUUAUGGGCCAAUCAGACGACUGCUAAGUGAUGGUGAAAAACCCAGUCCAACUGCUGGCAGAGCCCCCCCAGUGGAGACGUUUGUCCUCGCAGGGCUACUGGUGGUCCUGCUGCUGAUCACAGGCGUGUUUGGGAGGCUGUGGCUCCGCUCCAGACGCUUCUACCCAGCCCAGGAGGCCCAGCUCACCCUGUCCAACAUCCACCACAUCUCAGAGGUGGCCUCAUGAAUCGGGGCCUGAAAAGACAUAUGGACAGAGUAACACAUGCAAAUGUACACGUUUAUGAUAAUACGGAUUAUCCAUAUAUUUUUCUUUAUAAAUUGAAUUUGUAGGAAAUCAGUUUAAUAAAACUCUCCUUCAUAUGU